UUAAUGUAGGUGAGAGUCAGAGCAGUCAGACUGCUGUAGUCUGUUCUGCACAGUCACAUUGUUCUUUUAAUCAUGGCUGGUCUCCUGCUGCUAGUCGUUCUCAUGUAUUCUUUUCAUGAAAUUAAAGCACAAGCCAGUCUUCCGCCUGAACUGACAGUGCAUCCACCUGCGAUCACAGAGACGGACUCAGUCACACUGAGCUGUCAGACUCCAUCAUCUGUUUCUGUGUCUCAGUGUGAUUUCUACAUUGCAAGCCAGAAACUGUCCAAAGGUUCCUCCUGUGUGCAGACACUGACAGCGACUGAGCUGCUGAAGAUUGCACAUAAGAGUUUACCUGCUGAGGCUGAAGUGAGAUGUUCUUACACUGUACAAAUUGAUACUUUUAAACGUACAUCUCCUGACAGCGAGCCAUCCACCAUCACCAUAAACAAUCUUCGUCCACCUAACCUGACAGUAAAUCCACAGAUGAUCACAGAGACAGACUCAGUCACAGUGAACUGUCAGACUCCAUCAUCUGUUUCUGUGUCUCAGUGUUAUUUCAUCAUUUCAGGAGAUAAAACUGCCAAAACAUCUUCUUGUCUGUGGACUUUCACAGGGUCUGAAUUUCUGUCAUGGACACGUCAACGUUCACCUGUUACACUUGAAAUGACCUGUUAUUACAUUUAUAUAUAUAAAUCUCCAGUGAGUAACAUGUCACCAAUCACAAUACAAACUCCUCGACCCGAACUGACAGUGAAUCCACAGAUGAUCACAGAGACAGAAUCAGUCACAGUGAACUGUCAGACUCCAUCAUCUGUUCCUGUGACUCAGUGUUUUUUGUACUUUAUGAAUGGAAGAAAAUCUACGUCCAUCUCCUGUCAGCAGACACUUACAGGAACUGAGCUGCUCUCUAUGGCACGGCAGAGUUCACCUGCUGAGGUGGAUGUGACAUGUUUUUACAGCUCAGAGCAUAAAGGAGGACAAUACCAGUCUCCUCACAGCAACAAAUAUUCCAUCAGCAUACAAAAUCCUCGGCCUGAACUGGCAGUGAAUCCACAGAUGAUCACAGAGACAGACUCAGUCACAGUGAACUGUCAGACUCCAUCAUCUGUUCCUGUGUCUCAGUGUUAUUUCAUCAUUUCAGGACAUAAACCUGAUAAAGCAGCUCCUUGUCUGCAGACUCUGACAGGGUCUGAAUUUCUGUCAUGGACACGUCAAAGUUCACCUCUUGCAGCUGAAGUGACCUGUUAUUACUUUUAUAUACAGAAAUCUCCAGAGAGCAACAUGUCACCCAUCAAUAUACAACCUCCUCGGCCUGAACUGACAGUGAAUCCAACUAUGAUCACAGAAACAGACUCAGUCACAGUGAACUGUCAGACUCCAUCAUCUGUUCCUGUGUCUCAGUGUUUUUUGUACUUUAUGAGAGGAAGAAAAUCUGCGUCCAUCUCCUGUCAGCAGACACUGACAGCAACUGAGCUCCUCUCUAUGGCACAGCAGAGAUUACCUGCUGAGGUCAAAGUGACAUGUUUUUACACAUUAGAACAUAAAGGAGGACCACAUAAGUCUCUGCAUAGUAACACGUCCUCCAUCAGCAUACAAACUCCUCGACCUGAGCUGACAGUGAAUCCACAGAUGAUCACAGAAACAGACUCAGUCACAGUGAAAUGUCAGACUCCAUCAUCUGUUUCUGUGACUCAGUGUUUUUUGUACUUUAUGAGAAGAAGAAAAUCUACGUCCAUCUCCUGUCAGCAGACACUUACAGCAACUGAGCUCCUCUCUAUGGCACAGCAGAGUUCACCUGCUGAGGUGGUAGUGACAUGUUUUUACAUGUCACAGCAUAAAGGGGGACAAUACCAGUCUCCUCACAGUAACAUAUCCUUCAUUAACAUACAAACUGAAAAAAACACUUUGACCUCUGCUCCUCCCCCAUCUAUGGACUUUACAAGUCACACAAUCAGGAGAAACACAACUAUUGUGGAGACUACUUCUUCUCUGACCACACCAAGGACAUCUUCAGUACCUUCUGCUCAUAAACUUCUACCUGUAGUUGUUACUGGUUUUGGUGUAAUCGUGGGCAUCAUCUCACUGGGAAUGGCUCUUGUCUGUGUGAAAAGAAGAAAUGAUAAUUUUUCAAGCACAAAAAAAACUGACCGAGGAGGAUGGAUGUCUCCAAAUGAUACUGAAGCCUUCAAUAUGACCAGUUUGGUCCCUGGUGAUGACCCACCUAAAGGGUCUAAUCAACUCAAAAGACAAGAGUCUCAAACUGAGAGUUCUUCCUUAUACCACUUGUACUCCAGCAUCCCUGAGGAGCCAGAUGAAACACCUUCAAUAAAAACAGACCUGGCAUACAGCACUCUACAGCCACACUGAAACACAUUAAAAAAAUUGAAUUGGGAUAAAACAGAAGAUAAGACUAAAAGGUCAUUACACAUUUAAGCCAUAUUGAUAAACUAGGAAACUAUUUUUCUUUCUUUCUUUUUUUUGUAGCAAUCUCACCUGGAUAAUAUUUCUACUUAAGACAAUAAUUUCCAAAAGAUUAAUCAAGAAUUAUUAAACCCAAUUUAACACUUUGUAAGUGCAUGGCUUGCUUUCUGGUGUCAGCCCAGAACUUUGUAUCACCAGUGCACUGAGUAUUAUUCAAGCAGUAUUUGUGCUUUCUACAAAAUGUGUUCUGUAGAACAUUAUGGAGUUUUUUUUAUAUACUUUCAUUACUGUGCCUCACAAGGGCAGUGCCAGCAAAAAUGCUGGAGCUUUCUUUAUGUUUAUGUACCUUGUUAAGAAUGAUCUUAAUAAGGGCACCACCUUUAAAAGAAGGAAAAUCAAUAAAGCAAUUAAGCUGAUCUUAACGGAUUAACCGUUAAUUUGGGGAUUCUAAUAACUAAAAUCAUUAAAAUCAGUGGGAUAUCUAAAUAAGUUAUUAGUUUAAUCAGACUCGUAAAAUACAAUAUCGAUUUGAAACCAGUUAAUAAUAAUUACAAUCACUGUUAUAUGUGUCACGUGAAGGCUGUGUGCAGGCAGGAGGGGUGGUAAGCAGGACCCAAUGCGCAGAUACUCAGGGGCAGAAAGUAAACUCAAACUCAGAUUUAUUGUUAGCUGGCAAAGAGUGAACUAGCAAAACUGAGAAUACAAAUACUAAACUGAAAAUAACAAUAACCUGAACUGGCAGACAGACAGACAGCACACACAGCAUGAAAUGAGAGUAGAUCGUGACACGGACAGAUGAAAACACAGGGGUUAUAUACACAGAGGGAGCAAUCAGGGAAUGAGAGACAGGAGGGAAACACAGCUGGAACAAAUCAGGGCUGACGAGACAAAGGAAGCAAAACUAGACGCAUUAACAUCAGACACAGAUUUUCAAAGUAAAAUAGAAAACACAGACUUACAAACGCAGACUCACAAACAGGCACCGAAACUAAACACAAGGAGCUAGAGAGCAAAAACAGCAAACACUGGAGCCCAGAAAAGAACUCAAAACAACCAACCAAACAAAAAAGGUUCACAAAAGGUGCAGGCGGCCCACCUCCAAAAAAAGUUCAGGGGGCUGGCCCAGAGGCUGACAGCACAACAGUCCAAACCCGGGCAGUUCAGGGGGCCGGCCCGGCGGUCGACGGCCCAAGAGUCCAGAACCAGGAAGUUCAGGGGGCCGGCCCAGAGGUCGACAACACAAAAGUCAAAAAACCAGUCCAGGAGGCUGACCGCGGAGCCAGCAGCCGCAACAGCGAUAAUAUCCAGCCAAUCGCCUGAAAAGUGGCUGGACAGGACAAGGACGAGGUGAGGCAGGACCAGACGGUGCGGAGACCUCUGGCGCAGACGAAGCAGGACGGGGUGAGGCAGGACCAGAUGGCACCGAGACCUCUGGUGGAGACAAAGCGGAACCAGCCCAUGCGGAGGCCGAAGGCAGAGACGAAGCAGGACUAGAUGGCAGCAUGACAACCGCAGGCGACGGAAUUGGUGGUGGCACUGCAGGCGGCAGUGUGGAAACUGCAGGAGGUGGCGCUGCAAGCAACGGCAUGGGAGCCGCAGAUGGAGGAGCAGGUAGUGGCACUGCAGGCGAUGGUGUGGGAGCCGCAGAUGGUGGCACUGCAAGCGACAGCGUGGACGCUGCAGAUGGUGGCGCUGCAGGCGACAAAGGUUGGACAGGCCCCUCGGACCCUCCAGUGGAGACAGAAGGCUGAAAGGGCCCCUCAGACCCUUCAGCGGAGACGGAAGACAGCUGCGGAAGCCAAACGUGACCCGUAGAAGGGUGGCUCGAGCUCCCGGGCAUGCUUAGCCUCCUGCCUCACCCUCUCCUUGGGGAAGGCAGGAACGGCGAACCUCUGAUACCAAGCGGAGUCUGCUGGGUCCAUGUUCUGGUUGCAAUCUUCUGUCAUGUGAAGGCUGUGUGAAGGCUGGAGUGGUGGUAAGGAGGACCCAAUGCACAGACAUUAGGAGGCAGAAAGUAAACUCAAACUCAGAUUUAUUGCUAGAUGGCAAACAGAGAACUAGCAAAACUGAGAAUACAAAUACUAAACUGAAAAUAACAAUAACCUGAAAUGACAGAAAGACAGACGGAACACACAGCAUGAAAUGAGGGUAGAUCGCAACACAGACAGAUACUUGGUGUAAGAAGGAAAGAAGUUCUGAUAGUGACCACGAGAAAACCACCCAAUCCACCAGACACAUGCAGAAAAUACAUUAGUGCAUGCACACAUUGCAGGGGUAAUAAUACAGUGGAACCCCGACUUACGAAUACCCCAUUUAACGAAAAAUUCAAGUUAUGAAGGCACUUAACGGCAAUAUUUCUGCCCGUGUUAUGGCAAAAUGCCUGCGUAACGAAAUCCGCUGGCUCUGAUUGCCUGUGCCCUGAAUGCCUUCCGAAUCAUGUGACAACCCCUUGCCUUUCGUACUUGCGCUUUGCUGUUCCACUUGAACGACGGAUUGUUGUUGCAGUUAGCAAUUAGCCUAUAGCCUAUCGUUCACUCAAAAGGCACGAUGGGUGCUUCGACUUACGAAAAUUUUCGACUAACGAAAGACCCUCGGGAACGAAUUAAUUUUCGUAAGUCGGGGUUCCACUGUAUAUGCAAAGCCAAGAAGUUUUUAUUGAGCAUGGAAGGUACAGUAUGAAGUAGAUUCCAGGGUUCUUCUGUAGCACAGCUGCAUUAAAUAUUUUCUGUAUUAUGUUCAAGAUAUUUUUGUAACAGGAUAUGUUUUGCUCUUCUGGACACAGAUACACAUGAGUACACACACAUGCAUGCACAUGCAUGCACACACACAAACAAAACAAAACAAACUGUAAAUGAAGAAGUUUGUUCUUAAAUAUCGUUGGCUUUAAAACAUGAACAAACAGAAUAAAGGCGUGUUCAAAUCUACACUGUCUUUCUAGUAAUUUAUGUUAUUUAAUCAAUGUGAUUUUUUAAAAAGUUAAAAAAAAAUAUGAAUGUACUUCAAUACUAAAAAGGGAAACAGUCUCAUUGUGUAAAUUUAGUUCUGUUUAUGUUCUCUAAAAGUAGACCGUGAAUAAAAUUUUCUUGUACAGAUACUGAUAAAGUAAAUUUAAAAAGCUUGUCUUGAAAAAGUGAAACCCGAAUAUAUAAUUAAAUGCAGACCACACGAGUGAGAGAACAACUCUGCAUUCUCAUACUGCAGCUAGCCUAUAUUUCUAUACUUCAUAUAUUUUCAUCAGCCCCAGCAUGAGAACAAAUGAAUACUUCAACAUUACAUCACUAUUUACAAUUAUGGUAUUGCAUUUUUGACUUGUGUAUUUUUUCAGUUCAAUUCUUGAUGAUUUAAUGAAACACAAAGCAUGAGCUGGCUUUACUUAGCCAUGAACUGGUAAUUUAUUUAAAAACCAAUUCAAUUGUGAUAUUUGAUCUAAGUAUGAAAGCAAAUGCUGUGCCUUUGAAUUCUAAUUGAAAUUUGCACUUUACCUAAAUAAAGUGAACAUUAUUGAGUGAUUAUCAAACUUUAAGUUUGAUAAAAAAAGUGAAACUUUAAGUUUCACUUUUUCAAGACAAGAUUUUUAAAUUUACUUUAUCAGUAUCUGUACAAGAAAAUUUUAUCAAACUUUAAGUUUGAUGAUUACUAUUAAAAAUAGUUAAGCAUUUAUGUUGCCAUGAAACAAAAUAUCUCUAGAGCUGUUUGUUCUGGGUUUUGUUUUUUUUGUUUUUUUUACUAAAAUCCUAACAGCACAUUUGCAUCCGUAUAUAUUUGCAUCCAAAAGCUGCUGUUGCAGUUUAUCAAAAUGUGUUUCUUAUUAAGUUACUACUAAAACUUUGUAGGGGUGUAGAGUGGGUUCAUGUUAGUAUUCAAUUCAAAUUUGGCUUACACCCACUAAGGUCUUCAAGGUGAGGUUAAUGAUUUAUUCGUCAAAAAAUGACAGAAUAUAAAUUAUAAAUUUUGAUUUUUACAAGUGUGGUGUGUAUGGUCAACUUAUAGAAAGUAUGUCAUGUCAGAUUUGACCUCUGACCUCUCAUUCAAGAUCAAUAAACUGAUUCGAAGGUCAACACGAUAUUACUGCUAUAAAGAGCUAUUAAAAACUAUGUUCCUUACUGCAAUGUUGUACUGAAAACAUAAAGGGAAUGAUAUGGGGAUUCUAAAGAUCACCUUAUUUGACCUCUGACCUCUUCUUCAAGGUCAAGCAAGGUCAAACUAUAAAGACAAGGAUAAAAUGUUUUUUAUCUUUAAAACUAUGCUUUAAAUUCUGCUGCCUUUGUGUGGCUACAUUUAAGCAAUAAUAUUGGUAUGAUGGUAUUCUAAAUAUCAAAUUAUACUUUGCAUUUAAAUAUCAUGUCACAUGUGACCUUUUGACCUUACUUUCACAUUUGACCCACUGCCUUUAUCUUUAUGAAAGACAGUUUUGUCAAGAGAAAGAGAAUAACUGUUAUUUAAAUACUUAAAAGGAAUUUAAAUUCAAAUUUUGUCACACACACAACCAUACACAGUAUGACAUAAGGUGAAAUGCUUAUUGCUGUGCAAUGCCCAACCAUUAAAUGACAGUAAGAAUUGAAAGUAAGAUUUAUAGAUUACUACAAAAAUUUACAGAUUUAACUUAGAAAUUUACAGUAAGAUGUGCAAGUAACAGUUUACAUAAGAAAUUAUUAACAAAAAGAAAUUAUAAAUUAUAGGAAGUGUGCAAAAGGAAAAACCAGAGUGUGUGAGGAGAUGUAACGUCUGUGGGAGAGUUCAGUCCUACACCUGGUUCAGAGCUCGAAUAGCCUGGGGGAAGAAGCUCCUCAUCAUUCUCUCUGUUUUGGCCUUAAGGGAGUGGAAGCGCUUCCCAGACCUCAACAGUGAGAAGAGUCCGUUGUUGGGAUGGGAGAGGUCCAUCAUAAUCUUCCGGGCUUUAGUCCUGCACCGCUUGGUGCAGAUGGAGGUCAGGAAGCUCUGAUCGAAUGAUGCGUUCGGCCGAGCCAGUAGUGAUGCGCGAAUCAUGAACGAAUCGUUCAAUACUCGAAAAUCACUUCACUGACUCAUGAAUCAUGAUUCACAAGCCCAACUGACUCAUCCCUGUUAGCAAACUAAUUUCAUUAGUAUAAAUAUAUCUAGCUUUUAAUUAAAAUUGUGGAGAAAAACACACCAUUUAGUAUCUUAACAAAUACAUUUCUGCUCUGAACUGGAAGAAAAAACCUUGAGUAGAAGCUCAC